GGUGCCCAAUUACCAUCUUCAAAAUAGUCCCUGACCGCUUACAGCGCCAGUGGGCAUUAAUAAACGUGUGUAAUGUGGCAUCGUUCGUCAGUCUAGCUGGGGCACUCAGCUGGACCACAUCCACAACUCAGGCUCCGAGGGAACAGACUCGCCCACAAGCAUGAUGUUGACAACACUGGCCCUCGUGGCCUUGCUGCUGACGUCACUGUGGCUCUACAACAAACACCGGCAUAGUUACUGGGCCAAACGAGGCAUUCUCUCUCCCCCAGCUCUGCCUUUCUUCGGGAAUUUCAUCGACAUUGUGGCGGGGAAGCCCGGCAGGUGGACUUUCGAUGAAAAGGUCUACAGAAAUUACACCAAAGAAGGCCUUGCCGGGGCAUACUUCCUCCUGUCGCCCAUUCUCUACAUAUCUGAUCCAGAGAUGAUUAAGCAAAUUUUGGUCAAAGAUUUCGAUCACUUUUCGGAGAGACAGUCAUUCACUUCAUUCCAUGAAAAUGAUAAAGCAAUGAACGAAAUGUUGUUCAAUGCAAACGGUGAGAAAUGGAAAAGAUUAAGAAACCUCAUGACGCCUACAUUCACGUCAGGAAAGCUGAAGAACAUGUUCCACCUUGUCAGUGAGAAGGCUGAUUCUCUGAAGGCAUUCUGCCUGAAGGAGGCCGCCAAGAAACCUUAUGUCAAUGUCAAAAAGGCAUGUGGGAGGUUUACCAUUGACACCAUCGCCUCUUGUGCUUUUGGGCUAGAAUGCAACUCCUUCGAAGACGAGGAUGCCGUGUUCCCUGCGAAAGUGCAGCCAUUUUUCGCAGCUGGGGUUCUGAGAAUGUUGAAGUUCGCGGCGGUUUCUACGGUUCCAUUUGUAACCGGUCUCAUAGACUUAGGGGUCUUCCCAGACGAGAAAUUCUUCUUCCAACAAGUUGCAGAAGAGACCAUCGCAGCGAGAAGGAGGGGAGCCAAAAGGGGCGACUUCUUAGACUUACUCUUAGAGGCACAAGCCAGUGAAGAACAUUCUCCUGAUGAUGAGACCAAAGCAAAGAUUCUCGACGACACAACCAUAAUUUCGCAAAGCAUCUUGUUCAUCAUCGUCGGUUACGAUACGACAGCAACGACAAUCGCAAUUGCUUCGUACCUCUUGUCCAAGAACCCCGAAGCUCAGCAGAAACUUCGUCAGGAACUACAAGAUAUAAUCAGUAAGGAAGGAAAAUUAACAUACCAAGCAGUCAUGGACGCCAAAUACCUCGAUGCGUGCAUUAUGGAGACAUUGAGGCUUUAUCCACCAGCUCCAAAUUUAGAGAGAGUAUGCUCGAAGGACUACAAAAUUCCCGGAACGAACAUCACUGUCAGGAAAGGAGACAUAAUCGAGGUCCCUCUUUGGAGUAUUCAUCACGACGAGAAAUACUGGCCAGAACCGGAAGUCUAUAACCCAGAUCGAUUCAUGCCUGAAAACAAGGCUAAUAUUGAGCCUUACACUCACAUGCCUUUCGGAGGUGGACCAAGGAACUGCAUAGCAAUGCGGUUCGCCUUGAUGGAAGCAAAGGUAGCACUAUCCACGCUGGUUAUGACAUUUGACAUGAAAACGGCUCCAGGUUUUAAUGAUAUGAAUCUGGAAAAUGGUGCAUUCCUUAUCAUGCCUUCGACCGUGAACCUGGUACUCGAACCUCUGAGGGAAGAAUGAAACUUGUUGCGGCAAACAGGGGACUACUGCGAUACCGAAAUGAUUAUAUAUUUAUCGAACCCAAUUCUUAUUCUUAUCAAGGUUUCUGGUGAUUUGUUAAAUUUAAGCUGAAGGGCGAAAGUGAUUUGAUUCAUUUGACUGUUAUGAGAAUUUACGAUGAUUUGUGAGAUUUAGAGUCAAUGCUUGAAGGCAUUUCCGACUACAAAAGUUUAGUAAUCAAUGUUUUCUGUAGUGAAGACAAGUUUAAUAUAGUGCACUACUGCAAGUGUCUAUGCUGAGAUAUAGAGAGUAUGAAUUAAAGUUUAAUGGAGAUUUUUAUUGUAAUAGGUCAUUGCAACUGUGCCAUUAUUUUUCAUAGCGACAGGUAACUAUUGUUUUAAAGGUUUAUCAAAGUACACAAUAUAUAUAUAUAUAUAUAUAUAU